ACAGCGGCUCCUCCUUCGCCGCUCCCCCCCUCCCCCGCAGCGGCUCCAUGGCUGCUGCGGUUCCCGGCGUGGGUCUCUCCGCCUUGCUACAUGCGUUGAUAGGGAGGGAGGCGGCUGCCGCCGAGGCCGGGCCCGGAGGCGCAGGUCUCCCGCCUCCCUGAGGAGAAGGAGCCGGGAUGGGAGCGCCGGUCGCACAGGUGAUACUCUGACCUUCCUGAAAACUCAUUCUGAAGACUUUGAAUGAACACCCCCACUAUUCUCAGACUGCCUGAGAUGGCAAGUCCAGCAGUCAGCCCAGACUCUUCAUCCCAUGAUGCACUCUCUUCUGUCAACUCAAUGCCUGCAUGCUCCCCCACGUCAGAUUCUGAGAACCUGAGCCCAGAUGAGCUGGAGCUAUUGGCAAAGCUGGAAGAACAAAACAGGCUUCUUGAGGCAGAUUCCAAAUCCAUGCGUUCCAUGAAUGGUUCUCGAAGAAACAGUGGGUCAUCUUUAGUCUCCAGUUCUUCUGCCUCUUCCAAUUUGAGUCAUCUUGAGGAAGAUACUUGGAUCUUGUGGGGGCGAAUUGUCAAUGAAUGGGAAGAAUGGCGGAAAAAGAAGGAAAAGCUACUAAAGGAGCUUAUAAGAAAAGGAAUCCCCCACCACUUCCGAGCCAUUGUUUGGCAACUUCUGUGCAGUGCCACAGAUAUGCCUGUAAAGAAUCAGUAUUCAGAGCUACUCAAGAUGUCCUCUCCUUGUGAAAAGCUGAUCAGGAGGGACAUUGCCAGGACAUACCCUGAGCAUGAAUUCUUCAAGGGACAGGAUAGUCUGGGCCAAGAAGUUCUCUUUAACGUCAUGAAGGCUUACUCUCUAGUGGACCGUGAGGUUGGAUACUGCCAGGGCAGCGCAUUCAUCGUUGGACUGCUUUUGAUGCAGAUGCCGGAGGAAGAGGCUUUCUGUGUGUUUGUACGGCUGAUGCAGGAGUAUAGAUUACGGGAGCUGUUCAAACCCACCAUGGCUGAGCUGGGACUCUGCAUCUACCAGUUUGAGUAUAUGCUUCAGGAGCAGCUGCCUGAACUGAACAUCCAUUUCCGCUCUCAAAGCUUCUUAACAUCUAUGUAUGCUUCGUCUUGGUUUCUCACUCUCUUCCUUACCACCUUUCCACUACCUGUGGCCACUCGAGUAUUCGAUAUCUUCAUGUAUGAGGGAUUGGAGAUAAUCUUCCGUGUUGGGAUGGCUCUCCUGCAAUUCAAUCAGGCUGAACUUGUGCAGCUGGACAUGGAGGGGAUGUCACAGUAUUUUCAGAAAGUGAUUCCUCAUCAGUUUGACAGCUGCCCUGAUAAGCUGAUCUUAAAGGCCUACCAGGUGAAAUACAACCCUAAAAAAAUGAAGAGACUAGAGAAGGAGUACACUGCAAUCAAAAACAGGGAGAUGGAAGAACAGAUUGAAAUCAAGAGGCUUCGUACUGAGAACCGCCUUUUGAAACAGCGAAUUGAAACCCUGGAGAAGGAGAGUGCUGCCUUGGCAGAUAGAUUGAUCCAGGGCCAAGUCACCCGUGCACAAGAAGCUGAAGAGAACUAUAUCAUCAAGCGAGAGCUGGCAGUAGUGAGGCAACAGUGCUGCUCAGCCACAGAAAAUUUGCAGAAGGCCCAGAGUACUAUCCGGCAGCUGCAGGACCAGCAGGGAAAUCCCCGCUUCUCUGAGGAAUUUGUGAGUCAUCUGGAAACGGAGCUAGAGCAGUCACGCCUGCGAGAGUCGGAGACCCUGAGUGCCCUUAAGGAGAUGCAGGACAAAGUGCUGGACAUGGAAAAGAAGAACAGCUUGCUGCCAGAUGAAAACAAUGUGGCUCGUCUACAGGAAGAGCUGAAGGCUAUGAAGGUGCGGGAGUCUGAGGCAAUGAAGUCUCUCCGGGAGCUGCAGCAGCAGGUGAAGGAGCUCAAUGACAACUGGCAGGCCCAUUUGUGUCGGACUGGGGGGCGAUGGAAGGACUCUCCCCGCAAGAACACUAUGAAUGACCUCCAGGAUGAGUUGAUGAGCCUCCGUCUGCGUGAAACUCAAGCCCAGGCUGAGGUCAGAGAGCUGCGUCAGAGGGUGGUGGAGCUUGAAACCCAGGAUCAGAUCCAUAGCAACCAUCUAAAUCGUAUGGAACAGGAAUGUGCUGGGCUGCAUGAAAAGGUACAGUACCUCACAGCACAGAACAAGGGGCUGCAGACCCAACUGAGUGAGACCAAGCGCAAGCAUGCUGAAUCUGAAUGUAAGAGUAAAGAAGAGGUGAUGGCAGUGCGCCUGCGAGAAGCUGACAGCAUGGCUGCUGUGGCAGAGAUGCGGCAGCGGAUUGCUGAGCUGGAGAUCCAGAGGGAAGAAGGGAUGAUCCAGGGCCAGCUCAACAACUCUGACUCUUCCCAGUACAUUCGAGAACUGAAGGACCAGAUUGAUGAGCUCAAGGCAGAGAUCCGACUGAUGAAGGGGCCAAAGCCUUUUGAGGACUCCAUGGGCUUUGAUGGUAUCCAUAUUGUUAGUCACCUGGGAGUGGAUGAUGACUCACUGCACUCUUCAGAUGAAGAGCUGCUGACCAGCCCCAUGGUGGUGGGUGCUUUGCAGGAUGUCUUGUACCCACUAUCUCCCCAUAACACACGCUUUCUACGGGGUGCUGAAAGCUCUGGCAAGGAGAGUGAUGGCACCACAGACAGCGAUCCAGAGGACCCUGCCUCUGCCACUGAACCUAAUGGUGAGAUAAUUUUCACCGAGGCCCUGAGCAAAUGAGGAGAGAGACUGCACAUCUCAGCUCCAUCUGGAAGGCACUUGGUCCUCUGGCCACAUCGUGCUGAGGAAACAGAGGUUAUGGAUCAGUCACACAAGAUGCAUUCAGAAUCCCCUGCCCAGUGAGUAUCAUGCCCCCAGGAUGGCACAGGGGACGGACCGUUCUACAGCUGGCCUGCAUUACACAGACCAUCUCUAUUGUUCAUUGUCUGCACUGCCUUUUUUCUAGCUCUGUAGUCAACGGGAAUUUAAAAUCCAAAUCCAUGUAUAAUCCUUAUUCUCCCCCUCUCCCCUCCUGCCACACCUUCUCCCAUUCUCAAAGGUUCGUGCUUUCGAGAACUUCCAAGGGACAGCAGAAGCAGCUCGACCACUGGUUCCAUAUACUGCAGUCCAGUUGUAAUUUCUCUCUGUUUGCUGUGCUCAGAGAGACGAGGGAUCAGUCUUCCCUUUAUUUAUGUUUCCCUCUACUCUGCUGUUCUGCAUACAGAGAAGAAGCUUGAAUGCCUCCAUACUUACAUGUCAUUUCAGCCCAAGAAGAGGAAAGGGAGGGCUGUGUGUGAAGAGUGCAAUUCCGAAGAGGUGAUUUGGUGAGAGAGCGAGAGAGAGAGAGAGAGAGAGAUUGUAUUUUUGUUCCUGCAUAUGUUACUUAUUUAUACUGUGUAAUUGCCAGUCCUGCACCCUAUAGGGGCUUGGCGUAAAGCUUUAAGUUCAGUGAUCUUGAGGGCUUUUAUGGAGCAGCCAUGGAACUGCUUCUGUAGCUAACGAUAUAGCAUCUUUUCUGUUUAAAUGUAGUAAGGGAAUUGUUACACAUGGUACUUUUUAUGGCUCAUUUUUGCCUGGAGCUGUAAUUCCAUUUGCAUCUUUAAGAAGGGAUUCAGACGCUGUCGUAUUCCAGAGGGUAAGUGGCAGUUCUUCCAUAAUUCCUUACCUGGAAUUGUAUGGGAUGAUGUCCUAUUCUUCCAUAACCCCUCCUUUAUGGUAUUCUCUUCAAAAACUAGAUCCUGUUCUGCUCCAGACAAGCUGAAGUCAAUCAAAGCACUCCAUAACAUAAAUCUUAUUUGAGUAAGAAAGAUACAAUAGGAAGUUCCUUCUUGAGUAGGUGGAUACAUUUUGAAAUGCCUGGGAGGGUAGGUUGAAGAAUACUUUCUUGUUAGCAAAGCUAAUACGCAAAGAGAUGGGAAUUGCAGGAUGCCUAGGCAUCUGACCCUGUCUGUUUAGAAACUGUAAAUACUCAGAUUCUCAGGGUGGAAUUACAUUGUAUGAAGCCAAUAUAGAGAAUCUGACUCUGUCUUUGCCUCAAUGUACUAAUAUGGAAAAGAACACUUACAGGAGAGAAUCACAGAAAAAGCGGCGUUAACCCUUCUUGAGCCCACAGGUUUUUCCCAGCAAAUGCUGUCCCCAGUCCAUGCAUACCAUAUUUGGGAAAUGUGACUUCGCUGGAAUCGUAUGUAGCUUCUCCCCUAUCCCCCAACCGCUCAUUGCAGAAACACCCCUCUUUUUCUACUUACUUGGAGGAGAGGAAAACUUCAGCUUCUCAACAAGAUUAUCUUCUGUCUUUCAUUGGGCACCAGGAAUAAUUGACAUAUCCCAACUGAAUAAAGAAUCCCAAGUCCACAACCAAACAUCAUCUCAUUGAAGAAUAUUUUAAUGUUCCUUAUAGUGAUCCUCACCUCAACUAGAAAUAGUAUUAUAUCAUGACAAUUGGGAGGGGGUGUUGUCUGCAUUGUAAGAUUAAUUUUUGCAAUUCAAUGGAUGUUCAUUCAGUUCACCCCAAGAGAAGUCCUUUCAGCAGAUGGCUUAUCCCACCUCCUGGGGCAGACCAGAGAAAAGUACUUGGGAACAUACGAUACUGCCUUGCAUCAGCUUGAGACAUCCUGCAACUGAUAUUCUUAGCCUUUCCUCUAUUUUUCAAGGCAUAGAGCCAAAGCGUGCUCAUUUUAUUCUGACCCCUUUCCCUUAAAUUAUGGAGUCAAAGUUUGAGAUCAGUAAAGCCAAUCUUCUGUAAUAUUUCCUUAAGAAUCGGUGCUAUUUUCAGACUCUACAGGAAGGCCAAGGUCCCAGCCUCUUCUGAGAAAGAAGCAAGAGCCAGGCAGCUCUAUGCAAAUUGAAAGAUGUUCAGUGGUGUUGUCUUCUGAUUUGAGAUAUCUGAAGGGUGUGUUGAUAUGAAGCACUUCAGCUUGCAAGGUGUCUGAGUGCAUUGUUGCAAAUGUCAUGCUUCCUCUUCAGAAUGGGUUGACUGACAUUAGGAAAAGGAUAGGGUUUCACAGCAAAACUGUGCAAGAGGAGCUAGAGGCUGCGGUAAACUGAGGGUGCAGAACCUGAAUGUCAGCUGAGGAAGUAGCCAACUUCUGCUGAUGUUAUUAGACAAGAUCUCCAGCUGUUGGGAACCUUUUGCCGAUAGGUCCAGCUAGGUUCCAAACUGGGAAGUAGACUGUUUCUACCUGCAGAGAAGGGGAAGCAUUUCCAGUUACAGACAUUUCCUUUUCCUCAUAUUCUUAACACUUUUUGCCUUUGUUUAUUCUAUGCUGUUACAAAGUGAUAUAUACACAGGUCUCCGUUUGCUGGUUGGUUUUGCAUAGUUUCUGAAGCUUGCAGCAUUGCUAGGUCAAAUGUUCUGUAUCAGAUACACACACGUCCAAACUUCUGACAGAAGUCUUCAUGAUCCUGCCCUUGGCAUGGGCCUUGCCAUUUAUUUGGUUUGUAGUGAAGAAGGAAUUCUUAGAUUUUUUUUUCCCCCAAGGCUAAUUUUGUUAGUCACUUUACCUCCUGAAAUUUGGACUUCCCUAGUGAGGUUAAGCCAGCAUUUGCAACGCAGAAGCAGGACAAACCCGCACUCACCACCUACAAUCCACUACAUGAGUGGUUCUAAAGCAUUAUGUGUGUAUUUAUAUAAAUAUGCCUGGAAAAGGUUCCAGUUUGGUAUAAACUUGCAUAUUUUAAUAGAUGUACUCUAUAUCUACUUAUGCUGCACUGUAUUGCCAAAUUUCUGUGAUUUCCCCCUGCCCCUUUUCCAUCUGCCCUGGAGAGCAGCAGCAUAGUAGGUGGUCCAAGCAGGAGCUCAGUCCACACUGUUGCUUUGAUCCGCUUGUGUCAGCCUGAUGCAUCUCUUUGUUACUAGUUGCAGUCUUGGGUGGCUUGUGAAACUGUUUGCCAGUCUGUGCAUAAUUCCUAGCAAUUGUUAUUUGUUUGUGAAGUGCUUGCUGCCUCCAACCUUACCCGUAUGGGAGAGAUUUCGUCCCUGCUGUUUCUAAAUAUGGAGUGAGCCCAUUGACUUUAGUGUUUCAGAUUUACACUAGAGUAAAUGGGAGACGAAUGUGUUUGCUAGACAGUAUCAAACUUCCUUCCUCAGCCUGUUUUAGUUUAGGAAAUUAUAAUAUAACGUGAAGGACACGUUAUUUAGUUUACUGACUCAGGCCUUACCUUAGUUUUAUUCUAGUAUAACUGACUCAAGUAAAACUGCUAACAUUGUCCUGUACCAAACUACUCAGCAGUAACUAGUCACAUGACUGCAACCCUGUUGUGUUGUUGUUCUGUUUGAGACCUUCCGAUUUUUAAAAAUAGUUACAUCGAGACAGCAGGGGGGAAAUGGAUACAUUAUAGUACUGUCUCAAGACUGCCAAGAGAGUUCUCUUUUUUUCUUGUAGUCAUUAGCUAAAUUGGCUUUGAAAGGGCUAGUGUAUACUUGGAUAGUACUAGCAUAGUAUUUAAAUAAAGAAUACAACACAGACUACUGCCUAUGUUGGCUAAAAAUGUGGAACCAGACAAACCAGUUACAGAAGAACUCUCUUGCGCAUCGUGUGCUGGCUGGUGUCAGAGCAAGGCCUUUCUGCUCUGCCAGAUCUCAUACAUUAGCAGAUGUUCACUUGGAUACCAUCAGGAAACAGAGAGGUCUUUGCCGCCACCACACCCCUUGGGGUUCUCUGCCAAUUAUCAUAUUGUUGGGAUUAUGUUAUUAGCAGCAGGAACGGAUUGUAAAGGGUGAACCCAGUUCUUCUUAUAGGCAGUAAGUUUUAUGAGCUUUCUUCUCUUUCAUUUCUGUUUGCAAGAUACUCUUGUACAAGUGUUGUUUUCCAAACUAAGGUGCCAAAUACUUUAGCCACUUAGCACUCUGAAGUAAGGGGAAAUAAUGUGUGUCCGAGAAGGCAGAGAUUAGAGGAGAGCAAGAGAGAUGUGCAUGUACGUACAUUCCACUCUCAGAAGCAUAUUUAUUUCUAUCGAAAAUAGGUUUGCACAGACCUCUCCUCCACUUUCAUUAUGACUUCUUCAGGAUAUACUUGUGUCGCUUCAGUAUUCUCAACAGCAAGGGUCAUCAAGUAACCGUUGGACUUUAUGUGGCCAAUGGCUGCAGGUUUUUUGUGCCAUCAGGAAAUGAGUACUGCGAAAGAUGGAGCCACCAGUCUGGCAAAGUCAGGGUCCUAGAAAAGCCUAACUCCAGCACAGGCUGCUGGACAGGAUAAGCUGGAGGCUAUGCUUGUGCGUUUCUGCGUGCUCUCUUUUACAGAUACAGGCACAGUUCAAUUUGCACUUUAAUAGUAGUUCUUUCCCUUCUUUGUGGAGGGAAAACAAUGUGGUGCUGUGUUUUAGGCUGGGGUUGGAAAUGCUUUCUUCUUCCAGCCCUGACAUGACUUCUAGCCAUUCUGUGUCCUAAAUGCAUCCAUUCCUUUCUCAUGUGCCACAGUUCCCACUUCUGUAGAAGCAGGGGAUGCUGAAUUAACUACUGUGAAUAUUCAUGGGUAACACCCUGUUAAUUUCACUAAAUUGGGCUUGCCCUUUCUAAUCCAGGUCCCAUUGCAUAAGAUACACAUGUAGUAUGCCCCAAAGGACAAAGUAGAAUGGGAGAUGUGAGGCUAGAAGAAAAGAGUCUGUGUUCUAAGGCCUAGUCUAUUUAGUUUUCGAUCUCAAAAAUGGUAGGGUGGAGGCAGACAUUUCAUUUUCAGAGUAGUGGGGGUGAUUGGAUAGUGCCGGCACUGCCCACCACACAAAUUUGCAUUUAAUUGCCCAGAGAAAGAGUUCUGAAAUAAUAGUUCUGCAGAUUAUUUAAACCAGGGGAAAGCUGGCUAUGGUUGGUACAUACUGACUGGUGCUUAUGACGUUGCCAAUACAUACCCAGUCCCAGAGUAGUUUAUCACCAUUUUUAAUAAUGUGCUGCUUGAAGAAAUGCAAACAACCUGUGAAAUACACAACGAGUGAGGCAAGAGCUAAACUCACCCCGUUAGUAUAUGAAGCCAGUGCUACAUUUUAUAUUGCAACAGAUAACCAACAGGUAAACAUUGGGUUGGAUUCUGCAGAUCAUUUCUGUUGAUAGAAGGGGGUUGAGUUUUCACUGAUUUCCCCCCUGCCCCCACACCUAGUCUCCUGCCCUCUCGGAGCAGCAGCUCCGGGGACAUUUGGGGCUGCAAAGGGUAGGGAGGUGGCAAAAUCAUGCCACACUGAUGGAACUUGUUAUAUUAGUGGGAAUUUUCAGUGGGAUCUAAGCCACAAUGAGACUAAGCUCACUACAGGAAAGAACCUACUGUAAGUUCUCUUAGAGCCUAGGCCUAUUGUUAUUCCGUAUCAAUUCCCAUUUUUAACUAUGGGAAUUAGGAGCCAUUUUACAAAUGUUUAAAAGAAUUGAAAAAAAACCCAUUUAAUCCCUAUGGGACCUGCUCCAAAACAGCUUCCUUGUAUUCUUGUGUCAAUAUGCUGCUUUCUUACCCCCCUCCCCCUGACCACAUGAUGAGAUUAUUAUGAGGGAAGUGCUAUUAGCAUUAUAGAAAUACAGGUGAUAGUAGAAAUCACUGUAACGAGGACUUAAGGGUAGAAAGGAUGUGCUUGGACAAGGUUAGGAGAUUAAAGAAAGGAACAGGAGCUUUUUUGUUUAAGUUUAGGCAGUGCCUUUUUGGACAUGAACAGACUAAAGCUAAGUACACUACACUCCAACUAAUUACACUACACUCCUGUUAGUUUGGGGGGAGCUAUUUUUCUUUGGGUUGGAAAUGUAUCUCGAAAAAAAUGUAGGUCGCAUCUGUCGCUUGGUGAAAGAACACAUGCUUUCAGUUCAGAAGGUUCCUCGUUCAAUUCUUGACAUCUCCAGUUAAAGGAUCUCACAUAGAAAGUGAUAGGAAAAGAGCCAGUGCCAGCAGACGAGACGGAUCAGUGGUGUGGUUAGUCAAAGGCAGCUUCAUACAGUCAAAGUACAAUCGGUAACUGCAUUGUGUCAAAGUGGUUGCUGUCAUCUUGUAGGAGAAUAGCCUGUGUGAAAUACUUGGUGAUUGAAAGCAGAAGCAAAAGAGUGAAAUGAAGCCAGGGGUGAGGCCCUUAAUGCUCCGUGAUGCUUUUGGAACAGCGCUGUAACCCAUGCUGGCCCUGCAGCAUACAGAGCAGUCUCUUCCCUCAAAAGUAGAUUUGGCCCUAUACACAAAAAACUGACAAACAAUAAGUUACUGGUUGUCCAAACGGAAAGUGCAGGUUGCCAUGGGUUUUUGUUUUCAAUGGUAAAAGGCAUUGUCCUCACAGCCCCAACUGUUCCUUAAAUUGUUUCUCGUGUAACUAUGUAUCAGUAUCCCUUCUCUGCUUCUCGGAAUAUAACUUCUAUCCUUCCCAGCCCAUGCCCAUUUUAAAACAAACUAUUGUACAAAAAUAUCUGUACUUUCAAAAAACAAAACAAUAAACUAUUUACACUGUCUUAAUAA